AUGUAUCCUCCAGUCCCUGAGGCUUAUGAUGAGGAUGAUGAAGACAGAGACCCGGUGUACGAGAAAGAAGACACGUUCCCCGACUAUCUGUGCUUGAGCUGUGAGCCUGAUGGAGAAGGCGGUUUCGGCUUUUGGGCAGGUAAACCUGACAGAAAGCCACUUUCGCCGAGGUUCGUCGAGGUCCUCUGCGUCUGGUGCCGCGAUGAAUCACAGCCGCUACUCCAGAGGGCCAAGGAGACUGGUGGCUCGGACGGUCUGAAAAGGGAAGUAGUUGCUCAGAUCACCAAAGAAAGAUUCGAGGCCUUCAAGGAGAGAUAUGAGCAUGAAGGCAGGAAGGUGAAUCACUUCUGGAACUCUGAGAGAGAGCUUUGGAAGAGAUUGGCAAAGGAGCAAAAAAAUGCGGUGGAUCUAGAUGACUGA